UGCAUAUACGGAAGAGACUGGGCUCGAUCCCUGGAUAAAAUCUGAAAUUUCAGUUUGUGAAAAACCAGAAAUUAAUUCGAAGCUGUUAGAUGAGAUUACUGAACUUAGAAAGGAGAAUAUCAAAAUUAAAACCAAGAAUACAAAUUUAAAACAGGAUUUAGAUGAAUUUAAAAAGGAACUAGAGUCUAAAAAAAAUCCUCAAGUAUUACUUGGGGAAAAGUCGGUAAUUGAGUAUCGCCCUCCCUUCUUGAAUGAAUUGGAACUUGAUGUCUUCUUUCAAAAAUACUGGAUUGCAUUAGAGGUACAAGGGGCUCAAUAUCAGCUUCAUAGCACUAGCUGGUAUAAGGAUGUCAAAAAACUUGAGGAUGUUAUAAAUC